UCGGCUGUCACAGUAUUCUGGAAGUUGUAGUUUAUUAACACCUGGAGAGCUGAAGGUUGGGGAUGACUGCCUUGUAAUGAACUGGUGCAUUGUGAUUAAGACAGACUUUAUUGUAGGAGUGCUUACUGCAGGCUUCCUAGCUUCUAAAGUAGUGUUUCCUAACCAGGGUGCCUCCUACUGUUACAAAACUACAACUCCCAGCAUGUCCGAACAGCCUUUGGUUGGAGGUAGCCUUUAUGCAGGGGUUGACAUGCCCCCUUUCCAGGGAGAGUCGGGGUCCCAGCAGUCUGAGCCCCCGCAAUCUUAAACUUAUCCUGUCUUUUGGAUAGGGGAUAAAAUGUCUUGCAUGAUAUAUCUCCUCUAAGGGGAAUCUGUCAGAAGGUUUCAUCCUAGUGCCAGAUGACAAUAUACAGGGCUUAGCAUGUGACCAGUCAGGAUUUCUAUUCUCAUUAUGUCACAACACAAGACUCCAGAAAAGAAAAAAUCUCGUCUCUCCUUAUCCAAAAAUAAAAAAGGUUCUGCUUUAAAAGUCACCGCAUCACCAUCACAAUCUUCUACAUCUCCAUCGAUUGUUACCCUCUUCAAGAAUGCACCUCCACCAAAACUUUCCUGCCCUCUCUGUGGGCAGAUGGUCCCAAGAUUUGGUUUAAACAAACACAUUGAUGAGACCUGUCCCAAAGCAAAGGAACAGAAUGAUGACGUUAUACUGGUUGGUGACACAGUUUCAGAGCAGAACGCCUCUACAUGUACAAGCCCUCAGAGGCCACUAAAACCUAAGACCUCAAUAACCAAAGCUGAUCCAAGUAUACAGGACCAAGUGAGUAGUGCACAAUCUAGCCCCUACUUUGGAAAAAAUGUUUCCAUAAAGGAAACGUUUAAAGCAGAAGAUGUAGUGACCAUUGUACCACUGGGAAGUCUCUCAUCCAAACUCUCCAGGAGAAAUCAGACUCGGAAAGCUAAGCAAGAUGUAAGCAAAGACGUUGUACAUCCUAGCGACAACAAUAAAAGCUCAGAGCCACAAGUGUGGGACGAUACAUGCUCCUCUGAUAUAGUGACUUUGUCUUCAAGUCCUGAUAGUAUUAACAAUGUCCAGGAAGAUUAUAAGACACAGAAGUGCAGUCAGGCAAGUGGAGAUGGAGCUGAACUUCCACCUUCCAAUGCGGAAUUUGAGUCGGAGCAGCUGGAUUGUGUAACAGGCAAAACACUUGACUCAUUAAAACGUAAGCAAAGUGAUGGGUUUCUUGUCUUAGAAAGCAAUUCUAAAAAGAUGAAAUGCAGCGAUUCUUUGGAAACCAAUUCUGACCUUACUGAUGAGAAUCAGAAGCAUGGUGAUCAGGGAACUGUGACCUCUAUUGGGGACAAAAAGGACGUUCUUCCUGUGGAAGAUCCUAAUUUACUUGAUGAAUUCCUUAAACCUUUUAAUGACUCUGAGAGCAAUGUUGAAGCAGGUAACAGUGACAUAAAGGAGCCUGUGUCUGACCCUAGUAUACAGCCUUACUACCUGAGGAACUUUCUUAUGGUGCUGGAGACAGUCAUGGAGAUUGAGGAAGACAUGAGUCUAUUCAGUGAAGAAGAUAAGCUUGCUUUAACAACAUUUCGUCAGCUGUCAGCCGGAGGCCAAAAGCUGUAUGUUCGGCUCUUCCAACGCAAGCUAAACUGGAUAAAAGUCAACAAGAUAGAAUACUCUGAAAUUGGUUCAGAUUUGAUUCCCUUCAUUGAAGAACUAAGUCGUCAUGGGUUUUUACAGACAGACAGUGACUUAGAAGAGCUCUCUGAAGCUCUGGAUCUUCUAUCUGCUCCAGAACUGAAGAACUUAGGGAAGACUUUUCACCUGGCAAAUCCCAAUGCCCCAAAACAACAGCUUGUCGAAGAACUCCUAAAGCUUUCCAGACAACGUUCAAUCUUCAGCAGGAAUCAGUGUAGUAUUGGUGCUACUAUUCUUAAAAAAGCAAAAGAAGCUGCAGGGAGAGCUGUCCGUGUCUGCAAAGGUCCCAGGGCUGUAUUUUCUAGAGUUCUGCUCUUGUUUUCUUUGACUGAGUCCAUGGAUGUUGAAGAAGCUGCUAGUGGAGGCCAAACAUUGCUCUCCACUGUUCUCAUGGUUAAUAUGGGGCGUAUGACAUACCCGCAGUACACUGUGCAAAGAAAUACUAGGAUAUUCCAAGACAGAGAAGAUCUUAUCAGAUAUGAAUCUGCUAUGCAUAAGCUGAUAGAUAUCGUUGUCACCAUGACCAAUGGGAACUGGAAAGAAGCACAUUUGAUAUUUCAAAGUGCCCAAGAGGAAUGGGACCAGUUGAAGAAUGACCCAACUUUAAGGUACCAUACAGAACUACCAUUGUUUCUCCGUUGCUUUACUGUUGGCUGGGUAUAUACAAGAAUCCUCUCCCGAGGAGUAGAAAUUCUGCAGAGACUGCAUCAAUACAAGGAAGCCGUUCAGUUACUACAGACACUCUUGUCCCAAACUGUUUACUGUCCAGACAGUAGAGGGCGCUGGUGGGAUCGACUCGUCUUGAAUUUGCAUCAGCAUUUGAAGUGUGCACAGAAAGCAAUCCCCUUUAUUCUGGAGGGCUUGUCGGACCCUUAUGUACGAACAGGACAUCAGCUUUCCCUGUACCAGCGAGCAGUAAGAAUGAGGGACUCUCCUAGCUGCAAGAAGUUUCGCAAUAUGUUCAAUGAACUUCCUGAGAUCAACGUAGAAGACGUCCCACAUGUUACCAUCAAAGGCAAGAUGUAUCCUCAGACUGGUAUGGGAAAAUCUGUGUUCCUGAUGGAGAACCUGGCAGAGGAGGAUGGGGGGGAAAUCACUCUUUCCACUGUCAUGUGUUCAGUUGAAGAGCUGGCGCUGGCACAUUACAGAGAGCUCGGCUUUGACCAAGGAAUUCAUGGGGAAGGAUCCACAUUUAGUACUUUGUAUGGCUUGUUCAUGUGGGAUAUAAUCUUCAUGGAGGGUAUCCCCGACGUCUUCAGAAAUUCCUAUCAGGCAUUUCCCCUGGAUCUGCAUACAGACAGUUUUUAUGAGAAUAGAAAGGAUGCCAUAGAAAAUCGUCUCCAGCUGCUCCAGGACUCGCCUGCUGAAAUUCUGCAUGACAUGAUGGCUGAUGUAUGGAAUGCACAUCUAGGAGAAUCCGCAGCAUUAGUUGUUUGGGAGCGUUUCUCCUCAUUACAACAGGCUCAGGGUCUUGUGUCCUGUCUUGGUGGACCAAUAAUAAGUGGAAUUUGCCGGAAAAUGUCCAAAGACAUUCGUCAUUCUAGAGGAGGACUCCCUGAUCUAGUGGUGUGGAAUGUUCAGAAGAAAACAUUUAAGCUGGUUGAGGUAAAGGGACCCAAUGAUCGCCUGUCACAAAAACAAAUGGUUUGGUUGCACGAACUGAGGAAGAUGGGAGCAGAUGUAGAAGUGUGCCAUGUUAUUUCCAUAGGAGCAAAGAGUAACAGACUAAACUGAAAACCCUACUAUAUUAAAGUGUACAAUACCUGCCACUUUUCUUACCAAAAUAAAUUUCAACAACAUAACUUCCUCACUCGUGUCAUGAGUCGACUCUAGACAAAGUGUAGAGCGUAUUUUGGCUGUGUGUCUAAAAGGAGGAAGACAUAGACCUCAUUACUUCGAGCAAACAGUGUUCAGUCAAUCAUGCCGUUUGUCCUUUCUCACAGAAGGCCAGUGAAACAAGUAAAAAGUUCCUUUGCUACCUGGCAGACAGUAACCCACAAUUUCCACUGGCAAAUGCACACAAGCCAAAGAAGUGGUGACCCUGCUGAUUAUUAUGGGAGCAGAAGACCUCUGAAAUAAGCAUUUGUCCUUUUAAAUGGUUCUCACCACAGGCAAUACACUGCCUUUUCUAAAGCCACAUUCUUCAGCACUUCACAUCUCAACUUCCCUGGGGAUGUCACAUUUAAUCUGAAGCUUCUUUACAGUCUAGGCCUCAUCUUGUGCCAGAAUUCUGCUAAGGUGAAGCGAAAUAGGAUCCCGCUGUACAGUGCGCACUGCAGAAUUUCAGCAGCAGAACGCAGAUUCAACUGCCAAAAGAAUGAACUUGUUUAUUCUCCAGCCAGAAUUUGCUCAGCAGACAUUGCAGUCUAUAAAGAUGGCAAUGUCCACACGAUCAGUCGGCACUGACCGCACUCGGAAUGGUCGGAGAUUCUCAGCUUGCACCCGGCCUAAUCCUUUCCUCAGUGUGGAGAACAAGAGUUAUGGUGACACCACCUUGUCCCCACAACAAUGUAAUAUGUUCAGCUCUCUAGUCAUGUUGAUAUUUCAGCCAUAUUGGAUAUAACCUUAUUUAGCCCUAAAUCAUAGUAAUGCAGGUUGCACUCAGAAUGGUUGAAUUAUAAUCCUCUACGGAUGUUAGGAGUGUGAGCAAGCAGAUUAUUAAACUAGGUUUACAGCCUAAAAAUCUGUACCAAUAUUGGCCUAUUUUACAUUCUGAUACAGUUGUUUUUGGUAAAGAAUGUAUCUGCUGUAGAAUGUUUUUAAUCUAUUUACUAACAUUCUACUGUAGUUUGCUGUGAAUUUCAGUGCAGAUUCCACAACAAAUCUGCAAGGUGUGGGGCUGCCUUCAGUUUUCCACAUCCUUUUCCAUUGGCCAUAGUCAUUUAGGUCUCUGUGGGAAUGGGCCCCACAGCAGUGGCCAUGCCUGCAUCACUGGAAGUUAUGUCUAUCAAAAUGGCUGUCAGGUGGGAGGAAGCCACCUAGGCUCCAAACCUUCACACAGAAUAUAUCCAUAUGGUUAUAAGUCCCGCUUUCUUUUAGGCACAAACAAAGUUGUGUCAGCCUUAUGGUAUUUACAAGUGUGUUUAUGGUAUUCAGUUCUGAAUGUGUUGCUCUUCCUAGGGUUAGCUGGAUCUACAUAGUGACGUGUGUACUGCUGUAAAAUUAAGGGAUUAUUGUAAUUUGCACAGGACCAAAGGGUGUCUAAAAAAGCAUGAAUUAUUUCUGGGAAGAAUUACAGUUCACACACAAUACGAGUAAAUGACAUUCAUUCAUACCAAGUUGCCAUUGAUCAAAUCAAAGUCUUUAAUAAAAAAAAAAUAAUCAAUUUCUACCAGCAUUUUAAAUAAGUCACAUCUAUUCUUUAGUAAGCAGUCAAUGCAGAGAGUACCAGAAUUAAACUCCUGUUAACUAAUAUUCUGAACUAUAUACAACUUUCCAUUUACAAAUGUAAAGGCACUUCUAUAACUAGAAUUCUGUAACUUAAGAUUUAUCUACAAUUAACAGUGCACAUCAUGUUCAUUUUACUCCUGAAUCGGAUGCAACGUGUAACAUAUCCACAGAAACUGAUGGCAGUGGGGCAAAAAUCUUUUGGAGAAAGUAAGAUUAUCUGCACUAUUCCUUCUGCAAUCACAUUAGCUUCCCUAAAGAAGAACACACAAACAUUCUCAUGAAGUAUUUCUUUACAUCAAGUGUCUUCCUCUUAGCUCCCUAAAAAAGGAAAUAAAGAAUCAUGAAACAGACACAUGUAACCUGGUGCUGAUAUUCCUACAGCAAGAAAUCUCUAAAAAUACAAACUGAAAUUAGUGAUCUGAUCCCUAAGCUCCUAUACAAACAUAACCUAGGCAAAUAAGUAGAACUGUAAGAAACUGAGCUGUUAGAUGUUUUGGUUAGUUAUAUGGCUUUCCCAUGGAAAUACUGUGCGUAAAUAUGAAAUUUGUCAUUUUAGAAUUUGUGCAAUAAAA